AUGCACGCCAAGUUCCUUGCCGUUCUUCUGGGUAGUGCUCAGCUGGCCCAAGCCGCUGCCACUCCCAAAGCUCCUGUUCGACGAGAUGGUGUCUCCCCAGCUCUCCCUCAUGAUGAAAAGACUACUGAGUUCUGUACCUGGUGGCACGACUAUCUCGAGGCAACCUCUUGCGAGGACGUCCUCGUUGGUAAUUCGAUUACCAGUGCGCAGUUGAAGAGAUGGAACCCUUCUCUCGGGGAUGACUGCAAGGGCAUGACUGUUGGUAAAUCGUACUGUGUCGAGGCCAUGUUCGAACCAGAGCCAGUCGAGCCCGAGGAACCUGAACCCUCAAAGCCUUCUCCUACCAAGCCAUCCAACGGUAUUGAGACACCUGCCAGUAUUCAACCCGGCAUGGUCAGCAACUGUAACAAGUUCCACCUGGUCAAGGCUGAUGCAAGCUGUACUGCCAUUGCGGCUCAAUACGGUAUCACCUUGACCCAGUUCACAACCUGGAACAGUGGUAUUGGAUCUGCUUGCAACUCCAUGUGGGCCAAUGCCUAUGCUUGUGUAUCCAUCAUUGGCUUCGAACCCGGUACUCCUACCGAGCCUGCUCCCGGAAACGGUAUUGAGACACCCUCGCCAAUUCAGCCCAACAUGGUCAAGGACUGCAACAAGUUCGCUCUUGUCGGCUCUACUACCACAUGUGCAUCUCUUCAGGACUACUACAAGAUCACCAUGGCCGAGAUCUUCAAGUGGAAUCCCGCUGUUGGUUCUGGCUGUAGCGGUCUGUGGGCUCAGUACUACGUCUGUGUCUCGGUUGUCGGCUGGAAGCCUCCCACCAACGUUCCCGCUCCCUCUCCAACCAAGCCUGCCAACGGCAUCUCGACACCUUCGCCCAUCCGAGAGCCUAUCCACGCAAACUGUAACAAGUUCGCCCUGGUUGGAUCUACCACUACGUGUGCUUCUCUUCAGGAUUAUUACAAGAUCUCUAUGGCUCAGAUUGCUGCGUGGAACACCCCUGUUGGUACUGACUGUAAGGGAUUGUGGGCUGGGUACAAUGUCUGUGUUGGUAUUGUGGGUCAGCAGACUCCUACAAACCCUCCCAGCAGCGGCUCGACUCCCUCGCCAGUUCAGUCUGGCAUGGUUAAAAACUGCAAGAAAUUCCACCUUGUUAACAAGUCGACUACAUGUGCUGCUCUCCAGAGCACUUACAAGGUUACUAUGGCUCAACUUUACAAGUGGAACCCUGCUAUUGGAUCUGGCUGCAAUGCUCUGUGGGCAGAGUAUUACGUCUGUGUCUCUGCUUAG